UUAUAACUUACAUGAUUUAAUUAUACAAAUUAUGUUGAAUAUAUAUAUAUUAGAAGAAAAUAAAAGAAGAUUAUUCUAUAGUAUUUGUGAUAAGUUAUUAAAAUAGCUGUAAAAGAAGAAAGAAGAAUUAUUUAAUGAAAUUAGGAGAUAUUAUUAUGUUUACUACAGAGGAUAUUCCUAACCUAAAUUAUAAUUAUAAUAAUUUUCAUUUUUCGAUCAGUGAAAAAGAAAAUGAAUCUGAAUUUGAUAUAAAGUUAAAGCAAGCAUGGGAAAAGGCUCAAAAGGAUGGAGUAUUUCGAUAUUUAUUAAAUAUUAGUAGUUGGCGGAUACUCGAAGGUCCGUAUAGAUUGUUAGUUCAGCUUAAUCCUGAUAGAGCAUUUAAAAGACGAGUACCAGAACAUAUUACGACAAUGUUACAGCCAUUUGAUCCAACAAAAUUUAACUUUACUAAAUUAUCAAAAAGUGAAAUAAUGUUUAAGAUAGAAAAUGAAGAUGAUAGUGAUAUCAUAGCAGUUAAUGUUAGCCCUACUGAAUGGUGUCAUUCUUUACUAAUUAUAAAAUAUUUGCAAUGUCUUCCGCAGAGCAUUACGUGGUAUAGUCUUCAAAAAGCUAUUGAGAUAUUGUUGUUGAGCAGCUCACCGUACUUUAGAAUUGCAUUUAAUAGUUUAUGUGCUUUUGCUUCUGUCAAUCACUUACAUUGGCAUUUAUAUUACCUCAAGCACAACAUGCUUCUUGAAUAUAUCGACGUACAACCAUAUCAAGGUUCUUUGUUCUUAUUAGAAAAUUUUCCUAGUAAAGGAUUUUGCUUUAAAUUAUCAUCUUCAAAGAAAAUAGAAACUUUUGUAUCUUCAAUAUUUUCAUUAGUAAAUUAUCUACAAAAGAAUCAGAUAGCACAUAAUGUAUAUGUUACAAGAGCAAAAACUAUAAAUUCAAAAGAAGUGUAUGAUGAUGUACGGGCAUACGUUUGGGCAAGAAAGUCACACUUUGAUGUAAAAAAUACAACUUUGUUUAAUUCAGCUACAUGCGAGCUCUUUGGACACAUAUUUAUUAAAAAAGAAGCAUAUCAAAAUUUGACAGAAUCAACAAUAGCAAAAAUAUUAGAGUCUGUAACGGAACAGCCUUAUUUAUUAAUUAAAAAAGAUUUACAUAAAAUAAUGUAAAAUCAAAUAACAAAGGACGGAAGAUAAACUAUUAUUAUCUGUUAUAGUUUAUUAUCUAUCUAUAAAAAAAAAAUAUAUAUAUAUAUAUAUAAAUAUAUAAAAAUAAAAAACAUUCGAAUUUUAUAAUUACAUAACCUUUCAAUUAUGUGUACUUUGUUCAUUUGAUUUUUCGCGCGAAUAAGUAAACGAAAUUCUGGUUAUAAUAAUUUCAUAAUGAUAUUUAUAUAAAUGAUACAAAGAUUAUAUAGACAAUAUUAUAAGAUUAUAAAAUAUAAAUAAGAGAACUUAUAUUUUUUUAUAUCAUUAUUAAAUAUUAUAAAUUAUUAAAUAUUCAAAAUUAAUAUUUUAUGUAGCAUUUAAUUUAAGCCAAUAGAAAAGCAGAAAGGAUUUGAACAUGCAAAGAGAACCAGUAUGCAGUUCGUCGAGACAAAUGCACGAGGAGUCGGGAUCAUUUUAUAAGGAAAAUUAGGUAAUUAUUCUUAUCUUAUAAGUUAUUCUUGUUUUUCUUUUAGAAAAUUUUAAUCCAAUAUUAAAAAUAAGAACAAAACAUUAUUCUUAUCGAUAAAAGUAUAUUUCGAUAAACGAUAAUCUAAAAGACUGAACGAAGCGUAUGUAUAUAUGUUCAUACAUAUACAUUUCGUAGGUUGUACAAGUAAAUACAUACAAUAUGUAAAUACAUAUACAUAGUUUGAAAAAACAGAAUGUUAAUUAAAUAUACGUUGUCGAUUUUUAUUGAAAUUUAGUCUACAUAAUAUUGAAAUAUAAUCGCUAAUAUCGGAUUAAUUUGAACAUAAUAUUUUCCAAUAUAUAUAUGUAUGUGUAUAUAUAUAUAUAUAUAUAUUAUACAUUGUAUUCAUCAAUCUGAAGAUAAUUCGGGCACGGAAUCGUUCGAAUACUUUCGUUAGAGACGCUAUAAUUUAUCACGUAACAGUCGUGAGAGUAAAUCUUAAAUCGUUUUCUAAAAUAGCGACGAAGAAUUGGCACAUAAUAAAAGAACAAUCGAUGGUGGCAAGUUUAUUCGAGGACGGGGAGAGGGGGAAGGGGAAUUAUUUGUUCCUAACCUUAAAAAUAUACAUAAAUGUAAUGAUAAAGAAUUAAAAAAAUAUAA